GUGCAACCCGAACGUUCGCGAAAAUUCCUGAAGCGGCACCGGCGGCUACCGGAAGCCAGCGCCGUCGUCUGCUGUAGUGCCGGCGAUUGGCGUGGUGGUUUCCUCUUAGUCCCGGCCGUGUGGGUUUCACCUGGGAGACGGAAUGGCGCUUCUGUGUUACAACCGCGGCUGCGGCCAGCGUUUCGACCCGGAGACUAAUGCGGACGAUGCUUGCACGUACCACCCAGGUGUACCUGUAUUUCAUGAUGCCCUGAAGGGUUGGUCCUGCUGUAAGAGAAGAACGACUGAUUUUUCUGACUUUUUAAGCAUUGUAGGAUGUACAAAAGGUAGGCAUAACAGUGAGAAGCCACCUGAACCAGUCAAGCCUGAAGUCAAGACUACAGAGAAGAAAGAGCUGUCUGAAUUAAAACCGAAAUUUCAGGAACACAUCAUUCAAGCCCCUAAACCAGUAGAAGCAAUAAAAAGGCCAAGCCCAGAUGAGCCAAUGACAAACUUGGAAUUAAAAAUAUCUGCUUCCCUAAAACAAGCACUUGAUAAACUUAAACUGUCAUCAGGGAACGAAGAAGAUAAGAAAGAAGAAGACAGUGAUGAAAUUAAGAUUGGGACUUCUUGUAAAAAUGGAGGGUGUUCAAAGACAUACCAGGGUCUACAGAGUCUAGACGAAGUCUGUGUGUAUCAUUCUGGAGUACCUAUUUUUCAUGAGGGGAUGAAAUAUUGGAGCUGUUGUAGAAGAAAAACCUCAGAUUUUAAUACAUUCUUAGCCCAGGAGGGCUGCACAAAAGGGAAACAUGUGUGGACUAAAAAAGAUGCAGGGAAGAAAGUUGUUCCAUGUAGACAUGACUGGCAUCAGACUGGCGGUGAAGUUACCAUCUCAGUGUAUGCUAAGAAUUCACUGCCAGAGCUCAGCCAGGUGGAGGCAAACAGUACACUGUUAAAUGUUCACAUUGUAUUUGAAGGAGAGAAGGAAUUUCAUCAAAAUGUGAAACUGUGGGGUGUGAUUGAUGUUAAACGGAGUUACGUGACUAUGACCGCAACCAAGAUUGAGAUCACCAUGAGAAAGGCAGAGCCCAUGCAGUGGGCUAGUCUUGAACUGCCGACAACCAAGAAGCAGGAGAAACAAAAAGAAGAAAUUGCAGAUUGAUUGGAAGAGAAGCAGAAAACUCUUGUCUGAUUUAGAGUUCUCAAUGUGUGUGGUGAAGUAGUAGCUUGCUGCUGUAACCUUUUUGUUGUUUGUUUUUUAAUCUGCCAUUGUAGGGUUAUCAUGAGUUUCUUUAAAGCCAAAGUCUCUUGAUUUUUUUUUUUUUUGUGCCUCUAUCUUUCUUUUGAAUUCCAUAUUAAGACUCCAAGUCUCCUCAAUAGUAAAACCAUAGUUGUUACCCCACACACAAAGGGAGUAAAAAAAACUCAUAAGCAUAAUUAUAGUAUUUCUUAGUAAAAAUUAUUAUAAGCAGAGAAAUAAAAGGAUUUUUUUAUCCUUAUAUUACCGUUACCCUUCGAACGGUAGAAAGGUGUAAUAUAAAAAAUUUAAUUGGCCUUUUCACGAACUUUGUUACUGUAAUUCUUGAAAAUCUUUAAGAAAAAAGUUCUUUGUUUCCCCUAUGAGGUGGUUACUUCGGUAGUGCUAACCCUAAAGCAGUGUAGUCACUAUCUCUGUGUACUGCUCACAGAAUUCGUUUGCAGUUCGUUUAAUUUCAGAAAGUUACACCGAUAUCUAUAGUUCUUGUCAAGCAAUAUAAUUUAAGACUAUAGGAAAUAAAAUUAAGUUUAUAGAAGCAUCAAUUUGAUUAAAAUUUAUCAUUUCAUAAGAGUAAGCAAUAAUGUUUUGAAAAUCUUUUUAAUUAUUUAAAGGUGUUUUUAUGAUGUUUUGACUAAAUUUUAUUAAAUUUCUAGUCUAAAUCUCUUAGAGAUUAUCUCUGUCUCCCAGAUGAAAACUGUAUCUGUAAAAUUGUGACUGUAGCUUUGUUGAGAUGUGUUAAGGUAUGUGUGAGGCUUGAAUCUGGAAUGCCUCUGAGAGCUUGUUCUGAGUCCCCAAUUUACGGCUCUGUUUUGAAGGCUGUGGAACUUUCUGGAUGUUGGGCCUGUGGGUUCUCUAGGAGUGAGUCUUUAAGGAUUAUACACCCCUGCUGUCAGGGCAUGGAGCCACCUCUGUCCCGCGCUCUCAGUGCUGCCUCCCCAGCCGCUGUAAACUGUGUCCUCUGAAACUGCGAGCCAAAUAAACCUUUGCUCCCUUGAUUGUUUGUGUCGUGUGCUGUGGUCAAGGCUGUGGUCAAGGCGACAGGAACAAAGUGUGCAGUUCAGAACAAGUAGGACAGCUGCGUGUUCUGUGUUAGUGUAGCUGCUUGAUUCUUUGGAAUUUUUCUAAGGGUUUCACGAAGAGGUUGACAAGUUUACCAGUACAAUACUGAUUUUAUGUUAUACCUCAUUUCUAUUAAUUGUAUAUGACACAGAACAUUUAUAUUUAUGCCAAUUACAGCCGUUAAUGAAUAGGUUACUUUUUGAGGCACGGCUCAAGGGGAAACCUGUUAUAUGAAGGUUAGAACUCUAGUAAAUUGGUGCCUUAAACUGGUAUAAAUCAAAAUGAAAGUUAAAGGUGUUUACGUUGGUAUUAAUGGAAUUCUUACAAAGAAAGUAUGAGUAUAGUCAAAAUAUUAUCUUAGUUAAUAAAGAAUCUGGGUGGGCACUGGAGAGAGCCCCCUUAACAGCACUGGCUGUUGGGUUGAUUCCCUGCACCCAUAAUGGCAACUUAUAUACUCAAGGAACUCUACUUCAGUUACUGGUCCCUCUUCUGGACUCUGUGGGCACCAGGCAAGUAUGUUGUUCACGUGAGAUACAGCCGACUGUAUGCAUCAUUCUGUCUAGUUCUGUCAACAAGUGUAAAGACACAAAUCUAGUCUUUAAGCUCUACUGAUACAAGGGCAUGCUCACAUUUUUUGGCAAUGAAAAACUAGGAUCCAAAUAUUGUCUCUUAAGUUUUUAGUUAGACAUGAAUUCAUUUAGAAAAGUGAUCUUACUUUCUGCCUGAGGGAAGAGGUUGAAUCGGUUUGACUCAAAAUAUUAAUUACACUUGUAUCGCUUCCUUACUGAGCCUGUUUCCCCUUGAAUAGUAGCUUGUCUGAGGUGAUACUGUCGAAGCCAAUGAUGUUUCCUAACCUCACACUUGCUUGCACAGCACUGCUUUCAUUUUUAGUACAUUGUGCGGUGGUUACGUUUGUGACCAUUUAAUUAUUUAAUUGUUAUUUCCUUCCAGAACCUCUGUGUGUCACUCAGAUAAAAAUUAAAUGAAAUCACCUUAAACUCUAUGUUAAAGUAACAGUAUUUUUAAAGAAGAAUGUUUUACUCUGUCAAUUUAUUAAGAAAGGUUAAUGAAAUGCUUGUUAGCUCGAAGACAUUAUUUCUGUUACAUACAUGCAUUUUUAUUACGGCAUCAAAGCUGCCAAACCAGAUAUGUUUUGUACAUGUUGUGACUCAUUGUAGCAUGGGGAACGCAAAUGUUGUUUUUCUUGCCUAGUUUUGCUUGCACAGAGGAAGUAAUGUCCUAAAUUGGCCUGUCUUUUCUAGCCGCUUAUUUUGAAAUAACUUUAGGUUGCCAGGAUUAUGAAACUAGUCCAGGAGUUCUGUAUGGUAUGUCAUCUCCCCAUGUAAAAUUACAUAAAAAACAGUUUACAGAAGUAAGACAUUAACCUUUACAUAAAAUAGAAUGAUUAAUUUUAACCUUUUUAGUGGAAUUCUUAAAAGGAAAUUUUUGGAGCCUGUCUUGUAAUGUAAGCCAGUAAUGUAAACAAUUAAAACGUGAAUUGAAAUCAGCUGUUUAUAGGCUGACUGUACAUUUACAGAACUAUAGUCAGUGCACUGGUUGAGCUUUGCCAUUGUAUCUUGUGCUAGGGGUUUUGUCUUUACAUAGAUCUUGUUUGAUUUUCUUAUCAGUUCAUCAGAAUGAAGAGAACUAUUAAAACAUUCUUGCAGA